AUGGACGUCUGGACGGCGUUGUUACGGGCUCUGUCUUUCGUCCGGGAGGACAUCACAGACUUCCUCUACCAGCAGUGGGAGAAGGAGAUGAUGAAGUGCUGGAGCGAGCGCGUGUUCCGCGUGGUUCACCCCGUCAGCGACGUCGCCUCACGAACCACGGCGGCCCGCCGCACGAAGAACGCCAGCGCGCCGUGGCAGAGCUGCGGGUGCUGCGGGGCAGCGGUGGCCCCCGCCUGGGCAUCGAAGGAGAACUCCGCGCAGACAGUUCUUCCCGUGCUGUUCGAGCAGCGGUACACGCGCGACGGAGGGACGCACGAGGCGACGUCGCUGUCCGCGCGCUCGGACGUGGCCGAAUGCCCGUGCUCGCCGUCGGCCUCGAGCUCCGGGACACAGCGGCGGGGAGCGGGACGGGAGGGACUCGGGGGAUCCACGUGUUCAUCCUGGUGCAUGGCUUCAAGGGCUGCUCCUUCGACAUGCGCCUUAUCAAGAUCGCUGCGUCUCGGCGCUCUUCCCCUCGGCCCUCUGCCUCUGCUCCGAGGCCAACGAAGAUGA